GGUCAUCUGAGUGUUUAUUACCACAACAAAAUUCUAUUGAAAAAAAACAUUUACCACGAUUGACGCGCGAACGCGCCGAAUACAAUACUUUGCCUGACGGAGCAACUGAAAUAUAAUGGUAAAAUUAUUUAUUCACUUGUAUACUUAGAGGAACGGUAUCAUCAUGAACUUGUGUCAUUUUGCCAAGGUAAUCAUAGCAAGGUCCACAAAAAAUAUAUCGGAAAUUAAAUAUCAUGAAAACUUUGUUAAUGGCAAUCACGAUAACAACCGUCAAAAGUCUCCGAAAUAUGACAGCUCGAUCAGUGGAAACGGCAGAUAUCUCUUCUACACUGAAGUAAUGCACAGCUAUCCAAAAAUGUCUAUAUCAAGAACGGAAUUUUGCCACAAAUUGUCAAGAAUCCAGACCUAUCUCAGUCAAAACAAAUACUACAAAAAUGCAAAUAAAUCUGGGGAGAAAAUGAGUUUUCUUGAAGCAUACAACUUAACAUCUUGGCUAGAUUUGUCAGAGAAGGAACGCAGGAGUCACAAACUCCAUGACUGUUCAGAAUGCAAGGAAAGAGAGUCUACUCUGCAUGUCUCAGCAUCCAAAGAAACAAAAUGUCUUGAAAAUCUGUCAGAAACUAUCACCAAUUCCAUCUCUGCAAUUACCUCCCCUAAGACAGCUAAUAAAACUGUCCAACGAUUCAUAGCCAUGCUAAGCCCAAUGCUUAAACAAAAGCUUGAUGUUGACUUCAAGGAAUGCGUCGAAAAAACUUUCAACUUCCAAGGAAAGGAAACACCAGCGAAAAAACAGAAACGUGCAACUAAAACAUUGGAAAAAAAUAAUAAGAACAUGCGAAACAUUGCAUUCAGUGAAAACGAGAACAUGCACACCGAAAAAGAUGAUGUGCAAAUUUCUUUGGAUUGUGGCAUUUCUUGCAGUCAUGAAAGAGAGAGCCCGAACAAAUACUAUAUUAAGACUCCCAAGUCUGUCAAAAAAUCCCAGAAAACCAAACUGGGUCUUGACAAAAGCAAAAAAUACUGUGGUAAAUUUGAAAAUUAUACAUUCAACAAAAAUGCCCUUUUGCUUGAAAUUGGAGAAGCUGGGUGUAGAAAUGUCAACUGUGCAGGUUUAGGGAAGAGAUACACCAUUAGAAAUAAAGCUUUGAAAUUUCCGGACAGUUACCAUGGUUACAGUGCUGGUGAAAUUCUCCAGAACUCUCCUGCCUGCAGUUACCAUGGUUACAGAAAUGUCAAUAAACUGGUCAGUGGUAAGGACAUUGCACAAAGAGUGCUGAGGAAGUACCUCCGUGCUACAAGGGGUCGCGCUGUCCCUCGUCAACGAGCAAUAAAACAAACAGGACACAGUCAGAGACGAAAUCUGGAAUGUGUUUAUGUGAGCAGUGGUGUAGCUCCAAAAGACUUUGAAAAGACUGCAAUAAGCAACACAGGUGAUCUAAUCUGUGAGAAGGAGGAAAUAUUUGACCAGAAGUACGCACUUCCUAGGAUAUGGGGGCAUUCAUGGGGAAAACCGGAAUCUUUGGAACUUCUUGGAAGUGAGUCAGAUGAGGUAUGCAAAGAGGCUGUGGUCAUCGAAUUACAAGAACAUGACUGAGACUGCGAAAUAUUGGCAGCCGGAGAGCGAGAAAAAGCAAAUGAGAAUUAAAGAUUAGAAAAGGAGAGUGUGUUUCUCUCUUUUAAAUUAAUUGUGAUUAGUUGAUGCAUAUUUAUGAAUAAAAUCAGAUUUUAAGGCG